AUGCCCAUUGCAGGUGGUACAUCCAAAUCACCAGAAAUAGUGCGUUGGUGCGGUGUUAAGCAUCCGGAUGUGAUCAUCAGUACUACCGAUUCACUUUAUGUGUACUUUCAUAGCGACGAAGCAUUUCAAAGGAAAGGCAUCAAUAUGUCCUUCAUCGAAUUUGAUAUGCCAGGAUGUCCACCGAACUGGAUUUCCAGUUCGAUAGGUUACUGUUAUAUAUUAACGGAAGCAACUCAUGGUUUAACAUGGCUAGAAGCGCAGGAAGAAUGUAGUCUGGUACGUAGUAACCUGCUCACAUUGACCUCUGCCAUCGAAUAUUCUUCUGUUGCAGCAAUUUAUACAAAAAGCAAAACAACCCCAUGGAUUGGUUAUAUGGACUAUAGUGGUGAAGGCAGAUUUACGCCUGUCGAUCCAAACUCCCAACCUUGGCCAGAAGAUUUACCGAAACUCAUCGGGAGUCGUUCGGGACAAGAGUGCGCUUAUAUAGACUGGCGCAACAGGAAGGGAGAAAUCUUAGCUGUGGAUGACUGCAGAAAUCGCCAUGAAUAUAUAUGCAAGCGUCGCCAAGAUGGCACCACGAUACCGUACCUUCCACAAAAAGAAAUGAUGCGUAAUGGUCUUGCGAAGUCUCCCAUCAGUUUCAAUAUCUGGUUGUUUAUAAUCCUACUCGUUCUGCUCACGCUUAUCCUACUUUUCGUAUGUUACCGGAAAUGCAAAAAGCAACGCGCGUUAUCGCGCAUUGGCAGUUCCGAUGCAAACCAGCGUCUGGUUACGGGAAUCGAUGUGCAGCGGGCUGCAACAUCCGCUACAGUACUACAUAUCGGAAGCUCCGAAAUCCAGAAAACUAAUAGUGUUGCUAUAAACAAUAAUGGCGCUAGGAACGAUGCAAGAGUGCCUACAGUGACUGAAAAUGCUUCCAGUGUAGUACAAUAUAGAGAUUCAUCGAGACAAGCAAAAGAACAAAAUACUCCGAGUCAAAACUCGCACUCGAUACGGCAGCUGAACCUGGAACGAAUUGAACCAACAGUUCUGACAAUCGAACCACGUUUUAAUGCACGUCAAGCAAGCGAGGAGCGCCUCUCGGUGCCUAGUCGAAGCAAACAAAACCUACCAUUCGGCAUACGGGAAAGUACAAUGAGCAGCACAACGAGAGAGGAAACACUACUCAAAAUACGACGUGGUGAACUGUUUGAACGUCCACGCGUAUCUGUUCUGGAUCAUACAUCUGCCAUUAGCCUUGACGAAUUCUGGAACAAAAAUGAAAUGUCAACGAUUAACAGGAAUUAG